CCUAAAACAGUGGGGGAAGGAUGCACAGCCACUGUUUCCUGUCACGUUGUGGUCAUUGGACCUAGUGUAGGACCACUGUAGGUAAGUAAGGACAUCGAUUAAACAUUGAACCUUAGAACCUUGGAACUUCAAAAGAACGGGGAUUUUAUCAUUCCACCAACAAUCUUCUAGUUGACUGUUACUACCUUUCAAACUACAUAACCUGCAACAACCUCUUUUUCCAUCUUUCUACCAAUUGGCUAUCGUCUCACUUCCGAAGCCUUCCGUCUCGCAGUCUUUGACUACUCGACCGAAAUAAUCUUCUUUUCGGCAAGAUGGUUUCUCUCGAGCGCCAGGAAAUCAUUGCGACCAACAAGUCGCUCCGGCUUAUCAAGAAUGAACUUGAGCAUCUCCUCGAGAAAGGCGUUGUAACCGACGAUGUAUUCGACUCGAUCCAUCGGAUGCUUCCUGCAGAGACAUCUCUCUCCGGCGCGCCUACACCCGCCUUGCGAAACUCGUCUGUAGCGUCACCGCCGCCGGCGCCGGCGCAGCAACACUCGCCACCGGUAAACUCGAUGGCGAAUCUAGCUAUCAAUCAGAACCCGACUCACCAUCCGGCUCCUCCGGCCUACAGCUCGACUGGACCGCCUUCCCUCCCUGCGCGUGCGGGGCCGCCGGCCCCACCUCCCACGAAGCCGAUCAUAGCUCAUGCGAAGGCGCUCUACAAGUACCAGGCGGCCGACGACCGAGACCUGUCGUUCGAGCGUGACGACAAGAUUGCGGUGUACGAGUACAUGAACGACGACUGGUGGAUGGGACGUAACAAGAGAACGAAUGCUGAAGGCAUAUUUCCUAAGAACUACGUCGAGAUAGAUAAUAGCGAGAAGGCUGGCUUCUAUGCCCCGCCGCAACCAGUAUAUGCUACGCCCGCCCCGGCCCCGGCAGGCAACGGGGCAUACCCACCGCCGCCUCAGGCUCAGAAUCCUUACAACGCACAUGUCCCUCCCAUGGCCGUGGCGCAAGGAGGUGGCAACCCGAGCGGCCAAAGCGGAACUCCGAGCAAGCUUGAAGAGGGCGGUAAGAAGUUUGGCAAGAAGCUGGGAAACGCGGCCAUCUUCGGCGCGGGUGCUACUCUUGGUGGAAAGAUCGUGAACGGUAUCUUCUAAACGGAAGUCAGGUGGCUUGGCUGGUUUGGCUGGCUGCUCGUGUUCCAAUAAGCUAUGAUAUAUUUUAUUUUAUUGUUUACAUAAUAUCAUAUCCUGGAAGGUAAGGGCAUGCGGUUAAUCAUAUACAUUUUGCUGUAGCAUAUCUGCGGCCGGGCCAAUGACAAGAUGGUCCCGUCCUUUUUUCUUUUUUGUUUUCCUUUUGGGUUAUUGGGUUAUUGGGUUA